CCUGGUUUGAAAGUGGCGGGUGAACUGAAAGCAAACCGCUGCAGCGAGCAGGGAAACAAAAUGGCCGCUUGUGUUGUUCAGUAGCUGUGUUUUAUUUUUAAGUGACAGCAGCCGAGAAGGAGUUUUGUUGUUCUUUUGUUAAUUUUAAUUAAACUGCGUGGAAGUUUGUUUUAUGUACAGGUGGAUUAAAGAACAUACUGACGAACAUUUUUCAAGUUUCCUGCUAAUAAAGAAAAGGCGUCUUCACUCAGCAUGACUAAAGAGGACGACAAAGUGAUUCUGGUCCGUGUGGCUCUCCGCUGCCGCCCUCUGGUUCCUAAAGAGCUGAAUGAAGGAUGCCAGAGCUGUCUAACCUUCGUGCCUGGAGAGCCACAGGUGGUUGUGGGCAACGAUAAAGCGUUCACGUACGACUACGUGUUUGAUCCGACUACAGAGCAGGAGGAAGUGUUCAACACGGCCGUCUCGCCUUUACUCUCGGGCCUCUUCAAAGGUUAUAAUGCCACGGUGCUCGCGUACGGCCAGACAGGCUCAGGAAAGACCUUCUCCAUGGGAGGCACCUACACCUCGGCGCAGGAGAACGAGCCCACCGUCGGCGUCAUCCCCAGAGUGGUUCGGAAAAUCUUUCAGGAAAAAGAAAAGAGGACCGACUGCGAAUUCCUCCUCUCUGUGUCCUAUCUCGAGAUUUACAAUGAAGAGAUUUUGGAUCUCCUGUGUACAUCGAAGGACAAACCGGUUAUUAGCAUCAGAGAAGAUCCAAAGGAAGGCAUCAAAAUCGUAGGUCUGACGGAGAGCGAGGUGUCCACCGCUGAGGAGAUGGUGGGCUGUCUGGAGACGGGGAACUCGGCUCGUACCGUGGGCUCCACGGCCAUGAACGCCGCCUCGUCCCGUUCCCACGCCAUCUUCACCAUCAGCCUGGAGCAGCGCCGCGGCGGCGACAAAAAUGAUGCCAUAGUCUCCAAACUGCACUUGGUGGAUCUCGCUGGAUCGGAGCGGCAGAAGAAGACUAAAGCUGAAGGAGAUCGUCUGAAAGAGGGAAUCAGCAUAAACCGAGGCCUGCUGUCUUUGGGAAACGUGAUCAGCGCGCUCGGAGACGAGAGCAAAAAGGGCACGUUCGUACCUUACAGAGACUCCAAGCUGACUCGUCUGCUGCAGGACUCCUUAGGAGGGAACAGUCACACGUUAAUGAUCGCAUGCGUCAGUCCGGCCGACUCGAACAUCGAGGAGACCAUCAACACGCUGCGUUACGCAGACCGCGCACGGAAGAUCAAGAACAAACCGGUUCUCAACGUGGAUCCUCGAGCCGCUGAAAUGAAACGGCUCAAGCAGCAGGUGCAAGAGCUUCAGGUGAUGUUGUUGCACGCUCGAGGAGGCGUGGCUCCUGUUCUUUCAGGGUCCGAGGAAACCGAGAACGUUUCGAAGAUUCUGGAGCGUAAUCGCAGUCUGCAGGAGGAGAACAGCAAGCUGAGUCGAGAGCUGAGCGAGGCCGUAGGACAGACUGCCCUCAUGUGCGAAAGGAUCAUCGUGACGGAGCAAGUCAACGAGAAACUUCAGAGCAAAUUAGAGGAACUGAAGCAGCACGCUGCGUGUAAAGUGGACCUUCAGAAGAUGGUGGAGACCCUGGAGGAUCAGGAGCUGAAGGAGAACGUGGAGGUCAUCCGAAGCCUUCAGCAUCUCAUCCUAGAGCUACAACACGAGAGUGCAGGGAUCGCAGCCACCAUCGAUGCUAUGACCUCGGGAAAUUCCACGACUCUGGAGGUCGAGGCGGAGGGCGGCACCGCAGACGCGAGCCGCAGUCCUGCCACCUGCUCACCUGUGGCCAGCAACGCUGAAGCUCAGGCCAAAGACUCCCCUGAGACGUUCACUACCCAGCAUGCUCUGAGGCAGGCUCAGAUGUCCAAGGAGCUCAUUGAGCUCAAUAAGGUCCUCGCACUUAAAGAGGCUUUUGUCAAGAAAAUGUGUCAGAAUGACAGUCACUUGGAGCCUAUGCAGUCCGAAUAUCAGGAGAACAUCAAAAACCUCCAGGCUGAGGUUGGAUCCCUACAGAAAGAGAAGGAAGACCUGAUCCUCGCACUGCACUCUGCUAAGAAAGACACCAAUCAAGCAAAGUUGAGCGAGCAGCGCAGGAAGAGGUUACAGGAGUUGGAAGGGCAGAUGACGGAGCUGAAGAAGAAACUCCAGGAUCAGUCCAAGCUUCUGAAGCUUAAAGAGUCGUCAGUGCGCAGCGUCGCUAAGCUUAAUCAGGAGAUUCAGGCGAUGAAGGCCCAGCGAGUGCAGCUGAUGAGGCAGAUGAAGGAGGACUCUGAGAAAUUCCGUAUAUGGAAGCAGAAGAAAGAUAAAGAAGUUUUGCAGCUGAAAGAAAAGGAUCGUAAACGUCAGUACGAGAUGCUGAAGCUGGAAAGGGAUUUCCAGAAACAGGCGAACGUCCUGCGACGCAAAACCGAGGAGGCUGCUGCAGCUAAUAAACGCCUGAAGGACGCGCUUCAGAAAAGAAGCGAAGUCGCCGAGAAACGCAAAGACACUCAGAACCGCGGUAUGGAGGGAAUCGCGAGCAGAGUCAAGGCCUGGCUGCUGAAUGAGGUGGAGGUGCUGGUGAGUACGGAGGAGGCUCGUCGCCACCUACAGGACCUGCUUGAGGACAGGAAGAUGUUAGCUGAGGAGAUCGCACAACUCCGCCAGCAGAUGGAGUCUGGAGAGAAACCUGUGGCUAAAGUCCGCCGCCGCACUCUGACCAUCUCCGAGCUGGAGGGUAAAGGAGAGCUGGAGGCUUCCAUCAGUAAACAAGUGGACAACCUGGAGACUGAGAUGGACCUCAGGAGUGCUCAGAUCGCCGACCUGCAGCAGAAGGUUCUGGACGCUGAUAACGAAGGCCGAAUGAAGCAGCGCUGGGACUCGGUCACCACCAUCGUGGAGGCGAAGAGUGCCUUGAAAAUUCUCAUGUCUGAGGUUGUAGCCUCCAAGACGGCGAACGCGAAGCUGGAGAGCGAGCUGAAGCAGGAGCGUGCGAACCACGUGGACCUGCAGAAGGUGCUGUGUGACGAGAGGAAGCUGAUGUCUGCUAUGGACAUGGAGCACCAGAGCCGUCUUGUGGAGCUCGAGCAGAGACACCAGGAAAAGGUUCUUUAUCUCCUCAGUCAGCUACAGAACAAACCCGUGAAGGAGGAAGAGGAGGAAGAUGAGGAAAAGCACGAGACGUCGAAGAGGGAGAGAGAGCUGCUACAGCGUUUGAAGUUUCAGGAGGAGGAGCUUCAGAAGAUGCGCGAACUCACCGAGCAAAACCAGAAACUCCUGGAAGAACUCGAACAAUACAAACAGAAAUUACUUCUGGCUCAGCUGACUAGCGCAAAGAAAGUAGCUCCGGCAGCAAACGAGUCGCCGGACACGUCGUUCGAAUAUAUUCCUCCUAAGCCGAAAGCCAAACUGUCCACGGCGAGAGCGCCUCUGCAGGAACCCUCCAUCGACCUGGACGAGCUGGUGUCUCCAUCGGAGUCUGAGAAGGAGGAGGAGGAGUGGCUUCCGGAGAAGAAAGAGAGAAGCAGACGAGGCUCUAAGAAGUCUAAAAUGACUGGGUGCGCGUGUAAGGGCCGAUGCGUCAAUAAACUGUGCCGCUGCCGCAAAGGACGGAUGACGUGCGGCGAGAACUGUCUCUGUGACCACGAGAAGUGUCGCAACAUGGACAACCGUGCCAGCAUGGAUGUUGCUGAGAUAAAUGACGUGUCCAAAGACACUGUUUCUGUUCCUGAAGACCCCACAGCUGUAAGCCCUCGAGAUGCCACCUUCUUCAGACCCCCUUGUGUUCCUCCAACUAAAAAGGAAAUCGGAGACAUUAGCAACUUGUCGUCAGUUCUGAAGCUGGAGAAGAAGCCGGUUCCUGCUGAGCUGGACAGCGACAGUGAGGAGUCUGAAGAGUCCAUCAUGCCCAGCUUUCUGCGCAAGAACAAGCGAGGUCUGAACAAUUUCAAGAACAGCUUCUUCUCCGGCUGCACUCCCGUCCGCGAGGAAUCCUGAAGCCGCCGGAAGACCGGAACACGCUCCUGCUCUCCCUCUCUCUCUCUCUCUCUUCCCUUUCCUUCCGUCUGUUUUGUCUUUUUUUCAUGUGAUGAUCUUUCUUUUAAAACCUUCUCGAGAACGUCUUCUGUCUGUCAGCGUGUUCUUUUAAACCUAGCUCCUUAACCUAACACUAUAGUUUCGGUCAUGUGACUUUUUUCAAACCGUACCUAACUGUAGUAAAGUAAUUGUUUAAAUCAAUAAAUGAAGUUUUGUUGAAUUGAA